GAAUCCUAGAACAAUAGGAUUCAGAAUCAGCGGGAGCUACCCAAUCCAACUCCAGGUGGAAGUGAAUCCGCAACCUGAUUGGCCUGCUGGAGCAGCCAAUCAGGCGGCUGGCAGAAGUGAAUCCGCUACCUGAUUGGCCUGUAGGAGCAGCCAAUCAGGCUGCAGGCAGAAGUCAAUCCACAAUAUAAUUGGCCCACAGGUGUAGCCCUGAAGUAGCCAAUCACGCAAGGCCCAUUGUGUAAAUAAUGUAUAUAAGCAGAUGGUUUUGGGAAAAGAGCCAUUCGUCUUCUCUUCUUCUCCUUGAUGACUAUGAGCUGAAUAAAGAGCAUGAAAUUCACUCUCGACUCCGAGUAUAUUUCACUGGCGACGAAGGUGGGAUCCUGCUGAGCUGACCGCCACCACGCACUGCACCGCAGCACCGCCACCUGCUGCACCGCUGCAUCGCACCGUGCAUCCAGGCUUCAGCUCCAGGACCCAAGGAACCCAGAAUGGCAACCGACAGCAGCUUCUUGCCAUUCAAACCAGCAUCAGGAGACUGGGAAGGGUACGCCGCCCGUUUCAACUUCCUCCUGCAAGCGAAAGAAGUCACCAACGAUGCCAUGAAGAGGGCGACAUUCUUCAGCGUCUGUGGAGAGGAGACGUUUGAAAUCGCCCGGGCUCUCCUUGCACCUAGAGAUGUCGCUACCGUCUCUUACAAAACAAUAAUGGAACGGCUGAAGGAGCACUUUUCACCACAGCCCUCGGUGGUAGCUUGCCGAAAUGCCUUCUACGCAAAGCGGCAAGCCCCGGGGGAAACCAUAACUGGGUUUGUGACCUCCCUCCGCCAAGCCGCCCGGUUAUGCAACUUCUCAGAGUUGGAGAACAUGCUUCGUGACCGCCUCGUCGGUGGCCUGAGGGACGAGAUGUUGCAACGACGCCUCUACGCCAAGAAAGACCUCACGUUCCAGAUUGCUCUGGAGGAAGCCCUGGCAACCGAAGCCGCCGAGAGGUCAACGCAAGAGGCACGACCGGCCCCGCCAUCCCAACCGAGGGUCUACCACGAAGACCUCACCGACGAAUCCGAAUCUGACAGGGAGGAAGUACACCGAGUACAGCGGCGCACUCAAGCCGCACACACACCACAGCAGCCUCGACGAGAAGGAGGGAACUGUGCAAGCUGCGGGGAGAACCACGAGAGGAGGACCUGUCGUUUCCGCAACGCAGAGUGCAGGCAGUGCAGAAAAUUGGGACACAUCGCCCGGGUGUGUCGGGCUCGACUCACCCGUCGACAAGCAUCAGAUGACCGACCCAGGAGCCCCAGGGCACACGGCACCAUGCACCAAGGCAACUCGACGGAGAUCACGGACUACCAGGUAUUCCAGUUGCCCCAUCCCAGCACAGAGAAAAUUUAUAUAGAGGUACAGAUAGAGGGAGCCCCAUGCCGCAUGGAGCUGGACACGGGUUCAACUCUAUCCAUAAUCUCGGCCCGAACAUUAAGGGAACUGUGCCCUAAUGGGGGUCCCAAACUAAGGCCGGCCCCAUUCACCCUCCGGGACUUCCAGAAACGUAAGGUCCCUACAAUGGGGGUGGGGACCUUCAGGGUGCAAUAUCGAGGGCGAAAGCAACAAUUGGACUUGCUGGUAGUUAAGGGCCCCUACGUUAGCUUACUGGGACUGGCAUGGUUUGGACCUCUGGGGCUAGCCGUUACCGGGGUGAACCGCACUAGCUUACAAGUGGACGUGGACGCCAUAUGCAAAGAGUUUCCAGGGGUUUUCGAUGGGGCAUUGGGACGAUAUACAGGACCCCCCAUUGCCCUACAGCUAGACCCCGCUGUACGACCCAUCAGGCACAAGGCCCGCCGGGUCCCGUUCGCCCUGAAACCCCGCAUAGACGAGGAAUUGGACCGGCUCGUGGAGCAAGGAGUGCUGGAGCCGGUGCCCAACGCCCCCUGGGAAACUCCAAUUGUCACACCCGUCAAGCCUAACGGUUCGGUCCGCAUCUGUGCAGACUACAAAUGCACCAUAAACAAGGCUCUCACGGCCCAUGCAUACCCAGUGCCAGUGGUCAGCCAUGUCCUCGCCACCCUGGCUGGGUCAAAAAUCUUUGGCAAACUGGACUUGGCCCAAGCGUAUCAACAGUUGCCUGUGGACGAAGCCACAGCAGAGGCUCAGACGAUUGUGACGCACAGAGGGGCAUUCAGAGUAAAGCGGCUGCAAUUUGGCGUUAGCGUGGCACCAGGCAUAUUCCAGAAUCUAAUGGACUCUCUCCUUAAAGGGAUUCCUGGCGUCACCCCCUUCUUCGAUGAUGUACUGAUCGCCGGGCCCACACCAGAGGAAUUUGAGGACCGCCUCCGCUCCGUCCUGCACCGUUUCCAGACGGCGGGCCUCAAGGUGAAGCGGGAAAAGUGUUUACUGGGAGUGCCGCAGGUGGACUUUCUGGGAUUUAAGGUGGACGCAGAAGGGGUCCAUCCAACCGGUGACAAGGUACGGGCCAUUUGUGAGGCCCCAGCGCCCAAGAGCAAGCCCGAACUUCAGUCAUUCUUGGGACUAUUGAACUUUUACCAUGCCUUCCUUCCCCAUAAGGCAGCGGUAGACUUGCUCGUCUCGAACUCGGUCUUGGCACACUUCGACGAGAGGCUGCCAGUGGUGCUGGCAUGCGACGCCUCUCCCUAUGGCAUCGGCGCUGUCCUGGGACACCAACUCCCGGAUGGAAGAGAGGUGCCGGUGGCAUACUUCUCCCAGACGCUUGCUGCAGCCGAACGAAACUACUCACAGAUUGACAAGGAGGGUCUGGCAAUCGUGAAGGGCGUAAAAAAAUUCCAUGAUUUCUUGUACGGGCGGCCCUUUACCAUAGUGACUGACCACAAGCCGUUGCUUGGCCUGUUUGCCCCCGAGAAGCAGACCCCCCAAGUGUUGUCUCCACGUGUCCUCAGGUGGUCAAUUUUCCUUGCCGGCUACCAGUAUGCACUAAUCCACCGCCCUGGGAAGGCGAUGGGCCACGCAGACGCGCGAGGAUGGCCCAGCAGCAGCCCCGGGCCAGAAUUCGCUGGCUACACAAACCGCAAACAUGAACUGUCGGCCCACAAGGGGUGCCUGUUAUGGGGAAGCAGGGUUGUUGUUCCCCAGCCCCUCCGCAAAAGGGUCCUCACAGCCCUACACGAGACACACCCAGGGGUAGUGAGGAUGAAGGCCCUUGCCAGGAGUUAUGUGUGGUGGCCGGGGAUUGACAGAGAGAUAGAGGCCUGGGUCCAACACUGCCAGACCUGCCAAGAAUCCCGCCCGGAUCCCCCAAGGGCCCCAGUCCAGCCCUGGGAGUCCGCCCGACAUCCAUGGUCACGCUUGCACGUGGACUUCGCUGGCCCCUUCCAGGGAAAAACAUUCUUCAUAGUGGUGGAUUCCUACACCAAAUGGCUGGAGGUCGCACUGGUACCGUCCACUUCUACGGCGGCAGCCAUCCGGGUACUACGUAAGCUGUUUGCAACCCACGGGCUCCCUGACACCCUCGUCUCGGACAAUGGAACCGCAUUCACGUCAGAGGAGUUCCAGACCUUCACAGCGCAGAACGCCAUCCGCCACAUCCGCUCAGCACCAUUCCACCCUGCCACCAAUGGCCAAGCGGAGCGCAUGGUGCGGACCACCAAGGACAGCCUCCGCCGCAUAACACAAGGGGACUGGGAAUACCGCCUUGCCGCAUUUCUUCUAGCACAGCACAGCACCCCAAGCACAACGACGGGCCGGAGCCCAGCUGAACUACUCAUGGGCCGGCGCCUUGCAACUAGACUGGACCGACUUCACCCCGACAGAGCUCAGGAUGAGGUAGUGGUGGGGAAUGGCAGGAACCCCCGGACAUUUGUGGCCCAGGACCCAGUGUAUGCAAAGAAUUUUGGGGCAGGCCCAGCAUGGGUACCUGCCACAGUCACCAAGGUGACCGGUCCCGUGUCGUACGAGGUACUAACGGAAGGGGGGCAAUGUUGGCGCCGCCACUGCGACCAGCUACGGCGACGAUUCCCAGGAGGAACCCGGGAGGAGAGCGGGACAGAGGGGUCCCAAGGGGACAGCAGGGCAGUGAGGCCUGUAGAGCGAGAGGGGUGGGCAGGGGAAGCAGAAGCAGUAGGCAGAGAGGGGCGCCCUGAGGCUGGAAGGACACCGGAACCAGAGUCACAACCUAGUGGUUCAGUGGCGCCAGACCAGACAGCCCCGGCACAGCCAGCAGCCUCGGAACACGAGCCAGAACCAGAACCCCUGACCAAGGAACACCCCAGGCCACAACGCACACGGAGGCGGCCAGCAGACCUUGGGGACUACGAAUGCAACUUCCCGGGCAGGACUGGAACUUAGAGGGGAGGGGUGUUAUGUACUGAGCUGAAUCCUAGAACAAUAGGAUUCAGAAUCAGCGGGAGCUACCCAAUCCAACUCCAGGUGGAAGUGAAUCCGCAACCUGAUUGGCCUGCUGGAGCAGCCAAUCAGGCGGCUGGCAGAAGUGAAUCCGCUACCUGAUUGGCCUGUAGGAGCAGCCAAUCAGGCUGCAGGCAGAAGUCAAUCCACAAUAUAAUUGGCCCACAGGUGUAGCCCUGAAGUAGCCAAUCACGCAAGGCCCAUUGUGUAAAUAAUGUAUAUAAGCAGAUGG